AUGGCGCUGCGCCGCCUCCUGAUACCGCCUCUGCUGCUGUCGCUGCUGCUGUCGCUCUCGUCCCUGCACCUGCCGCCCGGUGCAGACGCUGCCCGCGGCCGCGCUGCUAACCGGACCCUAGGCGCGGGAGCCGUCGGGGGUCGACGUUCCGGAGGCGCCCUAGCCCGCGGUGGCCGCGAGCUGAACGGCACUGCCCGGGCGUCUGGCGUCCCGGAGGCGGGCAGCCGGCGGGGACAGUCCGCGGCAGCGGCGGCGGCUGCCAGCGCGACCGUCACUUACGAGACGUGCUGGGGCUACUACGACGUGAGCGGCCAGUACGACAAGGAGUUCGAGUGUAACAACAGCGAGAGCGGCUACCUGUACUGCUGCGGCACCUGCUACUAUCGCUUCUGCUGCAAGAAGCGCCACGAGAAGCUGGACCAGCGCCAGUGUACCAACUACCAAAGCCCGGUAUGGGUGCAGACGCCCAGCACCAAGGUAGUGUCGCCGGGGCCCGAGAACAAGUACGACCCGGAGAAGGACAAGACCAACUUCACCGUCUACAUCACCUGCGGAGUGAUCGCCUUCGUCAUCGUAGCGGGCGUCUUCGCCAAGGUCUCCUAUGACAAGGCCCACCGCCCCCCGCGAGAGAUGAACAUCCACAGGGCUCUGGCUGACAUACUAAGACAACAGGGACCAAUCCCCAUAGCACACUGUGAAAGAGAAACCAUCUCGGCCAUCGAUACCUCUCCCAAAGAGAACACACCGGUUCGAUCAACCUCGAAAAACCACUACACCCCUGUGCGUACAGCUAAGCAGACUCCAGGGCAUUAUGGGAAGGAUGCUUACCGAAGUGGAGGACCAGAUCUCCAUAACUUCAUCUCAUCUGGAUUUGUCACGUUAGGAAGAGGACACACGAAGGGUGAUCGUCAGUAUAACCAUCCGAUCUUAAGCAGUGCUACCCAGACCCCUACGCACGAGAAGCCACGGAUGAACAACAUCCUGACGUCGGCCACCGAACCCUAUGAUCUCUCCUUCUCACGUUCUUUCCAGAACUUAGCUCACUUGCCUCCGUCAUAUGAAUCUGCCGUGAAGACCAAUCCAAGCAAGUACUCGUCUCUCAAGAGGCUAACUGACAAGGAAGCUGAUGAGUAUUACAUGAGGCGGAGGCACCUUCCAGACCUCGCAGCCCGUGGCACCCUCCCCCUCAACGUCAUCCAGAUGUCUCAACAGAAGCCGCUGCCUCGAGAACGGCCACGCAGGCCCAUUAGGGCCAUGUCCCAGGACAGGGUCCUGUCUCCACAGCGGGGCUUGCCUGAUGAAUUCGGCAUGCCCUAUGACCGAAUCUUGUCUGAUGAACAGCUGCUCUCCACAGAGCGCCUGCACUCCCAGGACCCGUUGCUGUCCCCAGAGCGGACGGCCUUCCCAGAGCAAUCGCUGUCGCGGGCCAUCUCGCACACGGACGUCUUUGUGUCCACACCAGUGCUGGACCGCUACCGUAUGACCAAGAUGCACUCCCAUCCCAGUGCCUCCAAUAACUCCUAUGCCACCCUGGGCCAGAGCCAGACGGCAGCCAAGCGCCAUGCCUUUGCCUCCCGCAGACACAACACGGUGGAGCAACUGCACUAUAUCCCGGGCCAUCACACCUGCUACACAGCCAGCAAGACCGAAGUGACCGUGUGA